AUGACUCGAAGCAGCUCAAAAGCACUGACGCUCUCGCUAGCCCAGUCCGCAGCGGGAGUCAUUUCCGGAUGGGGAGCGUCGGAGGGGAGUGGCCUGUUCAGUAUGCGGUCUUACCAGCGUCGCUUCGGGGAGUGUGCUGCUGGAUUGUGUGUGAUCAGCACCUCUCGCCAAAGCGCUAUCACUGGUCUUCUGAGCGCUGGCGCUGUGAUCGGAGCGGUAGGAGCUGGGGGUAUUUCAUCUCGCUACGGUCUACGAUGCACCUGUAUCGCCUUCAUUCUACUCCAUCUGAUGGGCGCCGCUAUCGAAACCUCGGCCACGACCACUUACGGCCAAAUCUGCGUAGCCAGGUUCCUCAUCGGGCUCGGUAUCGGCGCCACUUCUGGUCUCGUCCCCGUCUUUCAGGCUGAGGCUUCCCCGCCAAAGUAUCGCGGUCUAGUCACUGGCUCUUUCCAGCUCUGCAUCACCCUCGGUAUCUGGGGGGUCAGUCUGACAAACUGGGGGAUGAGCCGGUAUGACGCAUCGGACAUCAGUUGGCGGGUACCCGUCGGGCUUCAGAUGGUGUUUUCCCUCCUCCUUCUCGUCGGCUUCAUCCUCUCGCCAGAAUCGCCGCGGUUUCUCGCCAAGCUGGACCGCUGGGAGCAGUGCCGCCGGAAUCUCGCCAGUCUCCGCGGUCUCACGGUGGACGAUCCGGCUAUCGAACAGGAGCUAGAGGAGGUCCGAAGUGCAGCUGCAGUAGACAGGGAGAGGGGUCAGGCGAGCUACCGAGAGUGCUUCUCCACCAAAGAUAGGAUCGCCUGGCGGACAACGAUUGGUAUCUUGGUGCAAGUCGGCCAGCAAGUCACGGGCAUCAUUUUCUUCUUCUCGUAUGGUGUCCAAUUCGCCCAGGCAGCGGGUCUGGCCGAUACCUACGUCUUCCAGAUCAUCCUCGCCUCCGUCAACGUUGUCGCAUCUUUCCCCGGAAUCUUCCUCGUCGACCGCGCCGGUCGCCGCCCAGUUCUUCUCUACGGCGCGGCAUCCAUGCUCAUCGGUCAGAUUGUCGUUGGAUCCGUCUCCAAAGCGUAUCCGGGCAGCCCACUCGCCGGAAACAUCCUCAUCGCCUUCACCUGCGUAUUUGUCGCUGCCUUUGCGGCGUCGUGGGGUCCUGUCGCAUGGGUUGUCUGCGCCGAGACCUUCCCUAUCCGCCUCAGCAGCCUCUGCGUAACCCUCGGCACCGGGGCCAAUUGGCUCUUCAAUCUCCUCAUCGCCAUCAUCGCCCCUCAGAUACAGGCCAAGAUCGGCACGGGGAUCUGUUUUUUGUGGGCAGGCUGCUUGGCGCUAAACCUGAUGUUCGCGUUCUUUUGCGUCCCCGAGACCAAGGGGAUGAGCAUAGAAUACCAGUUUUUCAAGCAACAGGAGGAGGCGGUCGUCGAGACUCAUGAGGUGCAGUACAUGGAGAGGGCGAACCUUCCGCGCGCCGCCGAUGAGCUGGACUCGUCAAAAGACGUCAAGUAG